AUGACUCCUUUAGAGGUACCUACCUCGGUUUCACUUGCUGUACCCACCCCUACUGUAUUUACGGUACCACCAGGGGUACCACCGGCAUACCCAGCACCUGCUCCGGUUGAGCCUACGGUGUACCAGGCACCACCGCCACCGGUGCCUACUGCUCACCCUGCACCUGCACCAGCAGCGGCAGUUGUUCCACAUCCGGUACCCCCAUCUACCGUACCUCCAGCCGUGCCCACUUAUGUUGACCCUGCGGUGCCACCAGUGGCAACUGCCCCAGCCUAUGUAGCAGCACCAGGGAUACCUCCCCUGGCCUAUGCAGCGGUACCACCUGUUGUGCCAUCUUCAGUGGUUUUGCCAGUUCCUGCAACCGUCCCUACUCACCUCGCUGAUAUAGUCGCGGCACGAGCCCGGAUCCCAGCACUGGAAGAGUCGAUGAAGAGUCGAUUCAUACUCUUCCGAGGAGAGACUGAUUAG